AUGCAAAGCCCGGAUGAAUGGGCCCGAAAAUACCAAGAAAUGGUCUCUACCAGGCCCGAUUUGACCUUGGAUCAAGAAGCGUCUGACAUCAUCUCCCACUCGGCUUUGAGCCCGAAAGCCAGCAUCGGGAAGCCGGGCCAAAGGCGCUCCCGGGCUUCUAAAAGGGCUCCCACGACCCUUCUCAACGCCAACGCCAACAACUUUCGGGCCCUCGUGCAAAAGUUCACGGGCUGCCAAAGUGAGUCAGGGAAUUACAAAGGCCCAAUUAAUCUGAACUUCGCGCAGUAUAAAGCUGACCAGGGCAGUCAACUGUGGUACGAAAACAGUCAGCUGGGUCAAAGUUCGUCUGAAUUCAGCAGCAAUGAUGCUGUUACUGCUACUGCUAACAAUAUUCCUGUUAGUGAUGAUCGUGAUCACGGUUCGUUUGUUUCGACUGCUGAUUAUGAUAUGAGGUCCGAUAGCCCGUUGAGUUUCGCUGAUUUUGACCUGGAUAAGUUUUCGAAACCGGAAGAUUAUCCUGAACAAGUGGCGAUGACUUUUGGGGAUGUUGAAUUUAUAUGGUAA